AUGUAUCAUACACAAUUAACUAUUUCCUGCCUCAUUUACUGCGUGGUCAAGUUUAUUUCCUCUGAAUUCACCCAUUACGACGCUGCCGAUUAUGAAUUAAAAUUACUGAGGCUGACAACCACAGACAUUUGGUAUUCUCAGAGGUAACUUGUGAUUUUGCAGUCAAUCUUCUCCACAGGAACCAUAUCUUUGAAAUCGACCUCCGCAAUCGUUCAAAAGCUCGCCUUAUACUUAAAUGGCCUUCUGGUGAAGCAGCCCGCUGUAGUGGAAUAUUUUCAAACUGCAUUGGAUAUAUUAUAUAUGCAGUCGAAUUAAAAAGCGGGGUUUUUGAAAUAUGCGGCAUUCUCCAGAAAAUCGCAACAUGUUCCAUAUAUAAGUAUGUGGGCAACUACCUGAAAGCUAUUUCCGAAGAGCGCUUAGCAAACGAGCUAAUAAACAGUGAUCAAGACAGUACACUUUUCUACCAUACAAGUAAGUAUCCGCACUACUUUAUGCAUUGGAAUGUUUUCUUAAUACAAGGCAGUCAAUAUUAAUUUUUAUAAGCCAUGACCGGAAGUACCUCUAUAGUCCUUCAGUCGAUUUCUCAAAGCACAAUCAGCUUGAUUCUGCAUGGUUAAAAUUAUCGGUCCAACAUGAUAGUAUGAAUUGCAUUUUUCAGUAGACAGACCUUGUGCGUACGCUAAAAGCAGCUUGAUAAAUAUGUUUUUAGAAAAUGAACAAUAGAAGGGCUUGAAAUUACGGAGUGAACCUGAUUAGUACGUUACUUUACAAAAGAACCAAUUAAAUGUUAACGUUUUUGAUAGAUAAAAUCGUUGAGAGCAGACGUAAGAGGAUACAUAUCAAACUAGAACAUGCUGUGACAGUUAAGGCCUGGUCUUCAAGGGGAACCUAACGGGUUUUACGACUUUUUGAUUGCUAAGAUGCUAGAGUAUCCAUUGACCGUGCAUGAAGUUAAUUUACAGGAAAAUAUAAUCGAUCGGUUACGCCGAUGAUACAUUUAGGAAACGCAAUUUUCAUUUAACUCAUUUGCGACUGUGAAAUAUAAAAGAAACGGGGAAAUAAGUAAAAACAGCCAUUAUUUGACUUGGAAAUUUUUAUAAAGCAUUACCUUUUUACUGUGAUGCACAAAUGUCUGGUCUCGAAUAUAGGUAAGCAAUGACAGUAACGACAUCCGAUGAUGUAUUUGGCGGCGUAAGUGUCAAUCUCAACGGCAACCACAUAUUCAAACCCAACUUCACAGUUUCAUUUUAAGCAGGCGAGAAUUCAUUUUCUUUGAACCUUGCUCCACAUAAUAGCGUGAGUAUAAGCAAUGCAAGUUUAGACUGUCUCAUUGUGCUGAAAAUUUUCAUUUUGAAGUACGACUCGUUUUUAACCUUCAUCAAACUGCGUUAAUUUUGUUUUUGCGCGGGUUUUACUUUUGUUCAUUUACUUAACGGCAAAUAUUUUGGAUUGCUUAAUGUAAAGGAGGUUCUCCGAAGAACAUUUCUGUCGGACAACAAUAAGGAUAACUUUUUUAUUUACCCUGCUAAAAAGAUCGGGACUUUUUAAUCCUUCACUUUCACUGAAUAUCAUUUCAGUAACUUUACCUAGGCAAAACGACGCUUAUUAGCCGACUGGGAAAUUGCCCCAUGCUUUUAAAUGUACUGAAAAUGCCAAGAUAAAUAUAUUCGGCCUACUAGACUGACGGUUUGUUUUAUUAUCAGGUUGUUAAUUAGCACGGUAGCAAUUUAGUUUAUGCAUAGGUCAGAAUUUUAAUGAAGUCAUUUUACCGGCUUCCUGGUAGAGAAACGUACCUUGCGCGAUUUUUAUCUAAUUUCGAAUAAUCAUGGAUUCCGUUAUUUCAAAAAAUUAUCUCGAUCACAUGAACCAUUCUGAGCUAACGGAAAAACUCUUUCGAAGCAUUAGCUCGUUUUCCGCGCCCGCAGUACGUCCAUUGGCAUGUUUAGCUCUAAAUACACCUGACUACCGAGAACAUUCUUAUUUUGUUUUGCUGCAAAUAAUGCUUAAAUAGUUUUAUUUUGAAGAGCAGAAACCGCCAGAUUUAAUGGCACAGUUGAGAGGGAUAUGCUGACAUAAACCAUCCGAUGGGAUUCCUAAAUUCUAUGAUGUCAUCAAAUAUCAAACUAGACCUUAGCAGAGCAAACCACAGUCAGUUUCAGUACAAAAUAAAGGUCAGUUGUGUUACAAUUAGGAAAAUUGGACUGAAGACAGGCAUGAGUAGAUUUUUAUUCUUUGAGGAAAGCGUUACUUCAUUUAUUCGGCGAGACAAUGUCAUAGCAAAGAGGGCAAUUAUACAUUCAAUUACUUCCUAUAUCUAAAAACAGGGGCAGCAAAUGUCUAAAUACUGAAAAGAACACUCGAAGAAAACCUACUUAGGCACCAAUAACGACAGAAGCGUUGACUGCAGACUGUAAGAGAUGUUAUGAAUAGCGCUGAAAGUUUAACCGUUAUUUGAGAGAAGUAGUCUCCAACUGUCGAAGUAAUACUUCUACUGCCAGCGUCCUUCUGAUUAACUGCAUGCGAUUUCCACCUAUUUUAAAGUAAAAACUGCAAAUUAAAAGAUACUUGUCAGAACUGUCGUAAUGUGAAACGCAGUAAAAAGUACUUUGUUAAAGCACGUCCGUACGUCAUCGACGGUAAAUGUAUACCCCAUUGGUGAAUGUCCCCAAACUGCUAUGCUAACGAAUAAUUUUCUCAAUCCCAUAAAAUCUGCCAUUUCUGUAUUUACAAAAAAUAUACGAAACGUGUGGAUGAUCGCAAUUUGUCCAAAAUAUUAUUGUCCCUACAAAGGGCCGCGCAGGAGAUGCAUUAGACCAGCUUGGCGACCAGACUAAGGUACUGCCAGCAUUGACUAUUCUGCACAGGUUCUGCGCACCCCACAAAAAGUACCGCAUGCGAGGUAGGUUUCUGGCACGUCUAGGCGCAGGCCCACGCCGCGUCAGCCACUUGCGUCUAAUCCCAGCAUCAGAUUAUUGGCCGUCUCGAACAGCAAAUUGUUGCAGGCGACGGGGGAGAAAGAGUGUGAUCGACUGCGCAAUUCAUUCCCGCGCAUUUUAACGUACCCAUCAUUAUAAAUAAUCUGAUGCGCUUUAAAGCUAUUACAAUACGCUGAAAUUCGUGGCUUAAAGCCUGCCAAAUGAGGGCUAAUUUAGACCUAUCAGGAAAGGUGGUUAAGGCUGCAACGGUUCCUUUUUAAUGUGAUUCGCAGUUCAGAUGAGCCCGAGUCGAUCAUCUCCUGUUUUCGUGAAAACCUGGUCCAUAGUGCCGGAUCAGACCUAUGUGGCACGCGUAGACGGCUUCUGUCAGUCACUGCUCUCGCUCCCGUCUACUGUCGUCCUGGCUACUUCUCUGCAGGCGAAUGAAGAAGGAGAGAGUGCGGCAGAUGUUGCGCAAGUCUGCUGUCAACAUAAAAUAAAUCACACAAUAGCCAAUCCACACGCUCUGCGGAAUAUCUCUAUUUGCGAGGGUCAAACAGAAGCAUAAAAUAAUUUCAUUCUUGGCGUUUCACCCAAAAAACUUGUUUCUAAGCUCUAAACGCGAACCUUUGAAUGAAAUACUUCACAACGACAUGUUCUGUUGUGCCCUUUCUACGGUGGUUCAUGAACUGACGCAGAAGUGGACGAAGAACAUCGACAUGCAUUAGAAUACGGCUCACCCGAUUUAAAAGAAUGACUCGUUCACGGUAGCUGAACCGGAACCUAUAAAUUCGUUCGUAAAGAAAGAUGCUUUAGCGCCGAACAGCACCAUGCAUAUUUAGCGCGACAGUUUUUGUUUUAGCACAUUCAUGGAUGGAAAAAAUAGCAUUAGAUUGUUUAUUGCAUCAAAAUACCUCUUUACUUCAGACCAGCCCGAGUAUUGCUAAAAAUUUUCAAUUCGCCUCAAAACCGAAUUAUAUAAUUCUGAAUUUUCGAAAACUUUCUGGACACCGUCAAUUGAAAUACAACUAAGCAGUAGAAUAAGCUCAGCAAUGAAAAAUGAACAAUCAGGUUUGUUCGGUUUCAUUACGAAUAGUCACAUAUAAUUUACAAACAGUCGCUAAUGACGAGGCUGGUAAGCGUUGUAAAGCCUGACUGCUCAGGGCAUGACAGACUGGAUGAGGGACGUCCGACAUCUCUAUUGAUUGCAUUCGCACGCUUAGGCCACCUAGUUGAAAGUUCUGAAUUUCUUUUAUAUUAAGAGUAGCCAGAUAACGCAGUGCGUAUUCCUGCAGAGCAUGUAAUUUAUUUUCGGUGGGUUUCGUCAAUAUAUUGAAUCAGCAUGCGUCCGAGGGUAAUAAACGAUCGGUGGGUGCCGCAGAUCGCACCAACCUGUUUGUUUAGGUUUAAUCAGUUUAUGAUCAUCAUGAUCUAUAUGAAUUUUGCGAAAAUCAACGUAUAUGAAUGGCCGGAGAUUGUCACGGAUGAUGUAUUAGGAGGGCACUAUUAAUACUUUUGUUGCAAAGUAGUGUGUACUGUGCCCGGGAUCCGCUGAUUAGUGCUCGUAAUACAGUUGAUUUUGUGGGUUUUGCAGACACUAUAUGAAUCGCUCUUUUCAGCUGUGAUGUAAUGACAAUAUUACUAUGGAUAGACUUAAGAAAAUGUCCAACUUUAAACCAAAUGUUUAUUUGGUACACGGGUGCGCUGGUUAAUAUCAGGUAAGAUCUUAUUUCAUAGCCGCACCUGUAAUGGAUUGGGGUUAGGGGUCAGUGCUAAGAGUUGGGGUUAAGUGUUAUAGUUAGGGGUUAGGGCUAGGGGUUAGUGUUACGGUCAGGGACUAGGGUCAGGGUUUAUUGCUAAACCCUCUGUUAUUUCCAGUCUUGUAUGGCAGGCGGUUAGUGCUUGUCUACUGCAGGUGCAGCUACGAAAUAAAAUCCGACCUAAUAUUAUUACCAGAAGCUCUUCGAGUGCGUAUCUUAUAUUCUUCCUUGAAAAUGUAAUUCAAAUUCGAUGAAGUUGUCGGUGGGUUUAUGAAUGUCAGAAGUAAACAGCCUUCAUUCUGACCAGGCCGAAGUAUUAGCCAUUGACAAAACUACAUCGAAUAUCGUCCUAUGCGUCGGAUUAUAAAACCGUCAACUUGGGACUCUUCCGAAUAAGUUGAAGUUAAGUUGUCUUCCCAGCUCAUAGAUAAUAACCGCUAAAAAGAGUACGGUUGCGAAGAAAUACAAUUGUGGAAAGGUUAGAACGCCUCAGGCGGCACUAUCGCUGGACACUUUUAGAAAUUUGGUGGGGUGCUAACGAGUACGUUAUUAAUCUGACGUUACUCAUGAAACCGAAAUACUCACAAUUUCAUUGUUAAUUGUUGAUGCCCGUUUAUCGCAAACCAAGAAAUUGUGGCUGAAGCGCAUUUGUUAGAAUCCUGGAAAACAACUCCGAAAGCAAAUGUCAGAACAGGUAUUAGUAGCGUGAAGAAUGAAUAUCAAGGGAACAAACAGACAAGGGUUUUCAGUCAAACCGGUUUGAAAUAUCUGUAAAGCAACACCCCUGAGUUGACUUUGCAGAGCCUAGGUUCUUCAUCUCUUACUUGGAAUUGCAACAUGGAACCAAUGACUUCGGAUCAUGUCUCGGCUGGUAAAAGUUGAGCCUAGUGAGCAUUUGCGCGAGCAGUUGUAAAGCCAAUGCUUAGCCAAUCAAAAAUUCACGACGGUAAUACUGUCUGCAGGCUGGCUUAUGUUUUGCCGUUUAGUAAACCAAUUUCAUAGUCAUCAUUCCAGAGACUACAUCUGUGUUGAGCCGAUGUUUCAGAUGUCGACUUGUUUUCGUCUGAGUUACAACCUAAAACUCAUAUUUUUAGUUGACUAGGUAAAACCUGGUUUUCAAAGCGCACUUUUGAAGAUCCUUUGCUUCGACGGCAACUCUCAGACAUAGCACUCGGAAAAACGCAUCUAUUAAAUUUUAAGGGUAGACCGCAGAUUCUAAAACGCGUCUUUACCCCUGCUUAAUUCAUGUGGAAAUGAAUAAGAGCAGUUUUAGAGGCAAAUGCCAAGAUCAAUUUUGAAAUAAUUCAUAGAGGCUGAACUAAAGCAGCAACUCUCAACCGCGAAAUAUUUUCUUUUCUUUGCUUUAAGGGUAUUCUCCAUAUUUAUUGCCCUUACUGGGAGCAAUUGCGCUCUUAAAUAACUUGAUAACGCAUAUUAAUACAAUAGAAAAUGAAGUAUAGAACGAUUAAAGCACAACUUCAUCUACUUCCACAGACGACUCGCUAAUGCUUUUAAAGCAGGAACUGGAUGAGCUUCCUCUGAUAUUAGUGAGAAAGCUAAACAGCGCAGCUUUCUCAAGGAGUGACGCCUAUCAUAAAAUGGACGCAUUCUGGUGGAGAAAACAGUUGCUAUCUCGCCUUCCAUCCGUCAGUGGAAGUUUGCCUAUGUCAAUUCACGCACUGUUUCAUCAUAAGCAACACGGUUAUAUUUUAUACGGGGAGGUCAAGCAAAAUGCCCACGAAGCUGAUAUCUUCACGCGGGCUCUCAACGCCGCAGAGGUAUGAAGAUUAUUUUGCUUUUUGCUAGCAUAAUAGUCUCUAUGGUCAAAAGCAUUAGGACUUCUUGAUUACAAAAUUCAGUGGGUCAGGAAGAUCGGCCUAACUCGACCUAAUGUGGCCUGGUGAAAAUUAAUUGCAUAUGCAUGUAACAUGUACAAUCUGUCAUUUUCAAGGUAUAUAUUUAAGUGUUUGUAGUGUAAUUUCAAUUUCAAACGGACACAUGGGGUGGAUUUUAUACCAAGUUAACUGUUGCACUACUCGAAAAUUGUUUGGAUUUCAGUAAAUGCUUUUCGUUUGGAAUAUAUUAGGAAUGGUCUAUUUAAUCCACGUCAAAAUCUGCCCGCAGGCAGCAGAGGGUUCUCAGGCGCUAAGGUACCUGUAAUAAUCAAUUUCAGUAGGUAUUUCUAAGCAUUCACUAUUUAUCAGGUGUUCCUUAAAGCCUUCACUUACCGCAUAAGCAAAGACUGUGUAUAUAGUCUCUCUUUGCUUGCUGAUAAAUAGCGCUGAUCUAGAAAAUGUGUUCAACUGAAAGUAAUAACCUAUUAUACGUUCAGAGGUGUUUUGGCAGAUUUAAAAUAAUUCCCUUUGACCCAACUGAGAAAAACUGGGUGUCUCGGUGGUAUUCGAACCCACGACAGCAAGGGAAGGCUUUAGUACCGCCAACGCCCUAACCGUUCGAGCUACGAGUCCCCAUCGGACGACGCAGGUUUAGCCAUAUUUGCCUCAAGUUUCCCCUCCCCCCAACCUACUCGUAGCUGAGAUGGUUAGAGCGCUGGCUGUACUAAAGCCUCCCCUUGCUGUCGUGGGCUCGAAUUCCACCAAGGCACCCAGUGCUUCACAGUUGGAUCAAAGUGAACUAUUAUGCCUUGUUAUUUCUGGCUAAAACCCCAUUCUUUUUUGCACAGUUACGGGGAAAGUGACCGCGUGCACUUUGGAUAUACUUCGGAUGAUCAAUUUCGUUUAAGAUGACUGUAUUUUUAAAACGGUCCUUCGGUUAAGAGGAAUGAGUUGCGUAAGGUCGCAAAAACGAUCAGUAUGUGCUAAACACCCAAGACAAUGAGAUUUCAAAUUUCAGAUCCUGUAAGACCUUUGGUUAGGUAGAACCGGCAGACGGCGACUAAUAAGCAAGAAGUGGCCAACAACGUCCCCGUGUCUUCAUUGAUAUUUCUUUUAGGAAACAUAUGCAUAGGCCACUUCCGGAGACAGUUACUGAAAAACUUUUUUAUAGAAUGCUUUGACAGAUGCAAAUCUAAACACCGAAUUUCUGUUACAUACGAAUAUGCUUGAGUUGCAUUACGAAAGUAGUCCUUUUUGAACUGUCGUAAAAGUAAUCUAUUGUACUUAGAAUCAUAUUGGAAACCUAAUGUAAACUGUAUGUGUUUCUGCGCACAGUAUGCAAGAAGGAGUUGCGAAAAUGCACAGGUUCAUAGUGAAGUUUUGAUAAAUUUUCAGGGAGACAAAAGACAAAUAGUACUCACGUAAGGCCGCAAUAACGAGACUAAUCAAUUGUGCUGUAUCAGCGCUUUAUUCGCAAGAUAUAUCGAGACUUUAAAACGAAAUUAUUAGAUGACAGGACUAUUGAUGUGCAUCAACCAAAUGGUCAAGAAAAUAUCACUUUCAUUACACUUGACCAGGUACCAAUUUAUAUCAAGAAGAAGUUAGAAUAUAUGCACAUAGAUAUCUCAGCGUUAGAGUACCAUUCUGUUAGGAAAGAUGUGUUACGCGUAACGGUUGGCCGCAACUUCACAUUACACAUCUUUAAGUCUUAAUUAUGAAUGAUUUUUGCAAGCCCCUUUUUCUCGUAACGCCUGAGUUUAUCUGCAAACUGUUGAGGCCGAUUACAUCUGUCAAUAAAAACUGAGAUAUUCUCCACCCUACAGAAUCUCUGUAAUCUUUUUAGCUAGACACUCAACCUUCAUGUAGAAAACUUGGUCUUUGUUUGAUAUUCCAGUUCAGUUUCUCCCAACUUUCUGCGACCUUGUUUGAUAGUAUAGAGGCCUGUCGAGUGUGCACAACGAUAUGCUUUAGCGCUAAAUAAAAGACAAUGAACAGCCACCGCGAAAUAAAUGAUUUGAAACUUCAAUAGACAUAUGCGUUUUAUGCGGUAUUUUAUUUCCCAUAUAAUCACAGGUGUUCAGUAAAGUGUAAGGUGCACUGACAGUCCGGUGUUAUAUCUGCGUUAAUCCUCAAAGACUCUGACUGUAUUCCAGAGCAGUGCUGAUGCCAACGGGACCAUACUUAGUACGACCAAUAAGCAUGUUUUCAAUACCGUUGAUUAUUGCUGUCAUGACAAGACUACUUAUUAAUAAGUGUCGCUUAAAUUUCAUAGUACUUGCAAUAAUGACAUGCCCACUCAAAAUUAACGUUACGAAUUAACUCGCAGUUUUCCAUUCGAUUGAUGCAUUAAAAGAUAAAACACAAUCUUCCACGGGAAAUGAUUCUCUCGAUGGCGUAUAUUUAUGCAAUACGGACACUAAUUAUUCCCCACACGGUUUCUAAAGAACAUUUCAGUUAGGAUAGAGAGAAAUAAGUGUCAGGUAAAAGCAGCAAAUGAGCUUCUUCGCGAAAUUCGAGUUUUUUUCUCGUCACACAAGAUAUUUUAGAACUUCCAAAAUAUGUCUCUACUUCAAACUUUAACAGUAGUGUUGACUUGUGGCUGUUACAAAGGUCUCUACAGGACUGCCGUCAAAAUUAGAUUUUUAGUGGCAUGCACACUUUUCGCUCGAUGAUGAAGAAAUAUAAGAUGCUCUAAUUUCAAGUAUCAUUGCGCGUGAAGCAUUGCCGCCAAACGUCUCGAAGUGUUGGCAGAUCUUUGACCCAUGCGGGCUUUUUGCGUUAGAAAAUGUUACAAUUUCACCAAAAGACAGCGCUAGAAUUUAUUUUUCCAUUAUGGACGUGAAAAAUGGACAUUAUUUCCUUGCACUUAUGCCAUCAAAGUGUGGGGACUUUUUAGAAAAUCCAAGGCCCUAAACUAAUUCCUCGAUUACUUAAACUUUCUGAAAGUCGUAAACAGGCUUUAAAAUGUCGAAUUUGCGAGCUAAAUUAUUAAGAAGGUCAGACGUUCAUAGUGUUCCAAAUUACAAUGACUGUUGCGAAAACUCAAAGUGACUUUUCAUCUCCUAUGACACCUCUUGAUAGCACGCGUACUUAUAAGGCUUGAGCAAAACAUUUUUAGCAGGGACAAACCGAACAUUAUUCAGUAAGAUGUUCGCUCUAUCGCAAAAACAUGGAUAACAGAACUUAGAGCAUUAGAAAUAUGGAUGAGCCUUCGAUUUAAUGUUUAUCACUCUUUUAUUGAGCAGUCCGUGUACUUGCAGUGUCAAGUGUAUUUCACAAGCACAGAUUUUGAAGACGUUCCUGGAAAGAUCGUGCAAAGUUCACAGGUAACAAAAAUGUGAAUGCGCGUUUUAAUUACUAACCCUCUGGCCUUUAUUAUUCCAAGUAUAUCAGUUUAAGGUUAACAUUCUUCGAUAGAAACAAGGCCAACGUUGCGCCAUAUUUCUUGGCAUGCUGGCAAACUGAAGAAAUAAUCUGGAGAAUAAUUUUAGAGGAACUAAUCGGAUUUUGUUCAGAAGUAACAGCGCUUCUAUGAAUAUUACAUAUGUUCAUUCGAGAUUUUGGCGUAAAAUUUAUUCUCCUCCGAUCAACAGCAAGUAAAUAUUAGUCAGCUGCAAAGAACAUUUGCAUUGGUCACAAAAGCCUCGACACGGUUCCAGAAAAGGCAGCGUAUGCCAGGAUACUGUUUGGGAAAAUACUGAGGUAACUAUAAAAGUGGAGAUAACAGCCAUCUUUUUAAAAAUUGUCCAGCUCUCCUGUAAUUGCAGACUAUGAGGUUUAUCAUUUAGGCUUGCCUUAAUCAACAACUUCAUUUCAGUGUCCUGAAAGUACGCUGGAACAAAUAAGCGUUAACAGUUUGAUUCUUAAAAAGGAAAGACUGAGAAGCGUGUGAUACGCAUAAAAAUCAAUCAAAAGCAAACAAAAUUGUAGUUAUUUGAUACAAUUUUAUAUAAUCCACUACUCUACAUGAUGAGUUAAAGUUAAUUUACGUUUACCCUCUUGCGGUCUUCUCUGUGUUUGAGCUUAUUAUUCUACUUUUUAGAAUAUGGCGACCUAUAUUGCUCGUUUUUGCAUUAAUGACGAAGGUCUUCAAAUGCCCGAGGAUGGGAGAUUCAUCCUAACGGCCUUGUUUCGUUUGACUUUGCACUGUUCACGGAAGGUUAAAAGUCACAGAGAAAACUUGGAUACAUUUCACAACUUUCGGAAAAACAGCGUGAAGACGUAAGUUACUGAGGGCUCCACUAUAUGAGACGCACAAUACUAAAAACUAUUAGGAGUAUUAAGAAAAGAAAGCUUAAAACACUGUUUCUUAGACCACAUUCACAAGAUACUUAAAGUCGAAGAAACUUAAAGAAUGUGUUUGGAAUUUAACGUACAAGAUAAGUGGAUAUCAAAUAAAAUAACUAUGUUUAAUAUAUAUGUACAUUCUAGGUUUUAGCGAAGUAAACCCAUGUUCUAGACACAAGUUCAAGAUAUUUCUUCUGAACUUUCCAUACGCGUAUUUAAAGAGAAGCCGCGGAAUUUAUCAAAGAUUUAGACUGGUGUAUUGGAAAAGUUUUUUCGUUCAGUUUGGUUUGCUAAUAUCAGCAAGAAAUCAGCACUUGACAGGCCAGGGGCAACGUUUGUAAUAUGGAGCCGAAAUUGUAAAAGUGCGACCAUUGAUAUGCUCAGGGAUCUCUAUGACAGUUUUAACGAAAAAGAUUACUUUUUAUUCCAUGAAUUUAGGUGAGACUUAUCAUCUUCGUUAACUGUGUUGCAGAAAAUACUUAAUGUAAAUUAUCCAUGAUGGAAAAUAUUAAGUAUAUCGCUCAUUUUAGUCAUUUUUCUCUGAAUUGCUGCCAAGAGAUUUUAAUUAAAGAGCCCAGAUUUAGCGAGACCUGCCUAUCGCAUGACGUUAGUGUGGGUACACAUUCAACAAAAGUCAUGUCUUAUUUUUCAGUAUAUUUGAUAAUUCUAAAUACUUAAUCGACUUUCGUUUUCUUAUGAAUUUAAAUAUCAACGUUUUCGCUAAAGAAAUAUUUCAACUCUCAAAUGAAUAAGGGGUAGGCGAAUGGAAACGCCGUUUGGAAAGCAUACUCGAAGACUGGUCUUUCUCAAUUAGGUGGUGCUAAGAACUGCUUCUAAGUAAAUACAGUCGUGAAGACCCUGAUGUACCAAGACUCUAUUAGUAGUGUGACUUAUUACAAAUAUACGGAAAGAUUAUGUUUACCGCAUGCUCGAUUCCUCCGCGAGGUAUGUGCAUGAGACGGCAAAGUUUUGCAUUUGAUUCUCUGUUUCAGUUUUGAUGAGGAGAUUAAUGUAGUUGAGAAUAUGUAUUCCGGAAACGAGAUUAUUCUUCCUAUCAACGCCAGCUAA